GACUGCGAGGGAGGGAACGUGGAGAGUUUGGAUUCACCGAAGGAGGAGAGAGAUGAAGCGGCAGAGACAGGCCUUGGGACUGAUGCCCUUUGAGUUCAGGUCCCUGCCUAUCAAAAUGCCCAUCCUGAAGAGUCUAGGGAUGGCAGACGCUAAGAUGCCCCGGGUGCAGACCCUGCCACUGAGGUCCUCUCGGAACCCCUUUGAGGAAGUUCCAGGGCUGGAAGAAGAGGAGGUUGGGGAGCUUGGGACCCUGCCCAACGGGACAUCUUGCCGCCGCCGGGCCACCCUGGAGAAGUUGGCAGGCCUGUCCCCCUUCCGGCUGGGCUGGACUCCUGGCCGGCGGGCAGGCAGCCCUGGGGACGGGCCACCCCGCUCUUUCCUGGGCCGCAUGCUGACGCCAGGGAUACGCAGGAGCUCAGCAGAUUUUGGCCUCCUGGCCAGGCUUCAGGGGACCCGAGCCCAGGGUGACGAGGAGGCAGCUGGGGAGACAGCCCGGAGACUGGCUUUCCUGAAACUGGGGCGAGGGCCCAAGCCCCGGCGGGUGUCACUGGCUGAAAGGGUGGUACCUGCAGGCGAGGCAGCUCCCGAGCCCCCGCCCAAGGUCCCUGAGCCCCCCAAGGCGAGGGAGCCCUUGUCAGGUGAGUGGGAGCCCUGGGGGGGACCUGGGAGGAUGCCAGGGCCUCCACCUGUGCCCCCACCUCCAUUCACAGCUCCAACUUCCCACUGCCUGCCUCCAGCAUCACCCCACCUCCUCUCCUGUCCCCAGCCUGGCCCUCUCUCCGCCUGCCACCUUCCACCUCAGCCCAAGUCCCUCAGACAAGUUCAUCACCAGCUGUGCUCCAGUCCCUUCCCUUCCCUCCCCUUGAAUGCAAAGGAAGCUGACCCCACGCCCCUUGCCAUCCACGCUUCCAGCCCCACCCUGACCCUGGCCAUCCCUCCUUCUCCAUCCCCAACCUCUUCUCCCUCUCCACCCCACCCUGAGCCCCAGCCCGGGCCGCCCAAGGCCGAGGGCGCGGGCGGGGGCCGCCGGGCGCGGGACGUGGCGCUGCUGUACGAGGCCCUGCAGCGCGAGCUGUGGGCCCUGGUGCGCGAGACCCUGGCCGGCCCCGGGCCGGGCGCGGGCGCCGGGGCGGGCGCCGUGGCGCAGCUGGGCCAGGUGCUGGUGCAGGAGGAGGCGGCGGACGGGCGCCGGGGGCCGGGGGCCGCCCGCAGGCUGCGCGCCCGCUGGGCCGAGGCGGUGGCGCGCGCGGCGCGGGAGCGCCUGGAGGCGGCGGCGCCCGGGGCGCCCGGGGCGCCCGGGGGCCUGGCGGCGCAGCUGGAGGCGCUGAGGGCGCGGCUGCUGGAGGACAUGGGCGUGGUGCGGGGCCGCCUGGCGCCCGCCUACCCCGCCGGCCUGGGCGCCUUCGCUGUCUACCUGCGCGGCUACCACGGCGCGCUGGCCGAGUGGCUCGGGGCCGCCGCCCGCCGGAGGCUGCCGCUGGCCGACCGCUACGCGCUGCUGCACUGGCACAACCAGGUGUACCCCAGAGAAGUCCUAGGGCUGGUGGACCUGGUUGCCCUGGAGAAUGGGGAUCUAGGACCCCUUCUGUCCCCUGGCACCCUGCGCGGCUUGGAGGAUGAAUGUGUCACAGACGUGAAGGCUCAGACGCGGGCAGCCCUGCUCCGAGUGCUACAGGAGGACGAGGAGCACUGGGGGAGCGCAGAGGACGCACCCAGCAGCCUGGCGCAGGAUGUGUGCGAGCUGCUGGAGGAGCACACGGAGCGAGCGCCACGCAUCAGCCAGGAGUUUGGGGAGCGGAUGGCUCACUGCUGCCUGGGGGGCCUGGCAGAAUUCCUGCAGAGCUUCCAGCAGCGCGUGGAGCGAUUCCACGAGAAUCCAGGAGUCCGGGAGCUGCUUCCCGACACCUAUAUCAGCAAGACCAUCUCCCUGGUCAAUUGUGGCCCCCCCCUGAGGGCUCUGGCAGAACGCUUGGCCCGGGUGGGACCCCUGGAAAGUGAGCCGGCACGGGAAGCAGCAGCCAGCGCUCUGGACCGCGUGACCCGGCUCUGCCACCGUGUCCUGGCCGACCUGCUGUUCCAGGAGCUGCAGCCCCACUUCAACAAGCUGAUGCGUAGAAAGUGGCUGAACAGCCCAGAGGCCCUGGAUGGCAUCGUGGGCACGCUGGGUGCUCAGGCCCUGGCCCUGCGCAGGAUGCAGGAUGAGCCUUACCAGGCGCUGGUAGCGGAGCUGCACCGGCGGGCGCUGGUCGAGUACGUGCGGCCCCUGCUCCGCGGGCGCCUGCGCUGCCGCUCGGCGCGGACCCGCAGCCGCAUGGCGGGGAGGCUCCGGGAGGACGCGGCGCAGCUCCAGAGGCUGUUCAGGCGGCUGGAGUCCCAGGCCUCCUGGCUGGACGCCGUGGUGCCCCAUUUGGCUGAAGUUCUGCAGCUGGAAGAUACGCCCAGCAUCCAGGUGGAGGUGGGGGUGCUGGUGCGGGACUACCCUGACAUCAGGAGGAAGCAUGUGGCGGCUCUCCUCGACAUUCGUGGCCUGCGCAACACAGCCGCCCGCCAGGAGAUCUUGGCGGUGGCCCGGGACUUGGAGCUGUCGGAGGGGGGAGCCCUAUUGCCCCCUCGGGACCGCACCUUCUUCUCAGACGUCCCUGUGCCCCGCCCGCCCUUCUGCCUGGGCCUUCCUCUCUUCCUGGGCCACCUCCCCCUCUCCCGGCUGGCCAGGCCCCAUUUGGCCUGUCUGCCCCGGCCUCAGGCCUCCUCUCUGUCCCCAUUGCGGCCCCAGGCCCGGGCCCGACGCUGAGGGUCCCCCAGCCCUCCUCCUCAGUUCCCCCAUCUUUGCUGCUGACAAAUGGCCUCCUGCUCGGCCCCCUCCCAACUCCCUGCCUGGGACCACAGACCCCUGGGAUGGAAAGAGCCUUAGAGGUCUUCCUGGCCACCCUAAACUCCCUGUACAGAAGGGAAACAGAGGCCAGAGGGAGCAAGGACCAAGCCAAGGCCGCGGAGCUCAUUCCCAGAACCAGUGCCCCAGCCCAGUGUGUGGUGGGUGGUGUUUGGAAAGCUCUACAGAAAUAUCUCCGGCUCCCCGCCCCCCCGUUCCCUCACCUCAAGGUCUGGCCCUCAGCCAAUGUAUUAAGGAAUGUAUGAUACUUAGAAUAAAGAGGUUUCUAUUUAACACAA